AUGGAUGACUCCAUGAUGGACGACUCAGUCUUCGAGGAUGAAGCGAGUGGCUCUGAUUUUGCGCCCGAGCCUGCGCCGAAACCCAAAGCUAAAGCGGCGCCUAAGAAAGCCGCCGCGAAGCCUGCCGCCAAGAAGACUACCCAGACGAAACUCAACAUGAAGCCUGCUGCGAAGUCUGCUGCCGCUAAGAAGAAGGCCCAAGACGACAGCGAGGGUGACUCUGAUAUUCAAAUUUCGGACAAUGACUCUCUCUCACAAACACCACCGAAAGCCAAGAAAGCAGCUGCCCCCAAGCGCGCGGGCUCAAAGCCUCUUGGCGAUAUUGAGAAUGAAUCUCACGGCGGAGAUACCCCAGCCGACGACGCAGACAAGUCUGGCAAUGCCGCAGACAAGUAUCAGAAACUCACUCAACUUGAACACAUCAUUAAACGUCCUGAUACAUACAUCGGAUCCACCGAGCGCACCACGCAGCAGAUGUGGGUUUACAAUUCAUCGACCGAGGUGAUGGAGUUCCGCGAUGUCUCUUUUGUUCCCGGUCUAUAUAAGAUUUUUGACGAAAUUGUGGUGAACGCCGCCGAUAACAAGCACAAUGACUCGAACAUGAGUGAGAUGCGCAUCACAAUUGACCGCGAGGCGGGUGAGAUCAGUGUGUGGAAUAACGGACGUGGUAUCCCCAUUGAGAUUCAUUCCAAGGAAAAGAUCUACGUCCCAGAGCUCAUUUUUGGUCACCUGCUCACAUCUUCCAACUACGACGACAGCCAGCAAAAGGUCACUGGUGGUCGUAACGGUUUCGGUGCCAAGCUUUGUAACGUUUUCUCGACGGAGUUCAGUCUGGAGACCCAGGAUUCCCGCCAGAAGAAGAAGUACAAACAAACAUGGACUGAUAACAUGACCAAAAUGGGCAAAGCCAAGAUCACGGACGCCAAGGGUGAUGACUACACCAAGGUCACCUUCAAGCCAGACUUUGCCAAAUUUGGAAUGGAGGGGAUUGACGACGAUUUCGAAUCUCUUGUCAAGCGCCGAGUUUACGAUUUGGCGGGUACAGCGAGCGUUGCUGUCAAAUUGAACGGCUCGCGUGUUCCCGUUCGUGAUUUCCGGAAGUACAUGGAGAUGUACACCAAGGCCAUCCGCAAAGAACGUGGUGAUGAAGGCCCUCCCGCCAAGAACGAAAUCAUCACCUGUAGCCCAGAUCCUCGAUGGGAGGUUGGUUUUGCUGUCUCCGAUGGAUCUUUCCAACAAGUCUCCUUCGUCAACUCCAUUGCGACAACGUCAGGUGGAACCCACGUCAACUACGUCACUGAUCAGAUUUGCAAUCGCCUGGCGGAUCAGGUGAAGAAGAAGAACAAGACAGGAGCGACAUUGAAAGCGGCGCAGAUCAAAAAUCAUCUAUUCAUCUUCGUGAAGGCCUUAAUUGUGAACCCGGCCUUCACCUCCCAGACCAAGGAACAAUUGACGACCAAGGCCAGCCAAUUCGGUAGCAAGUGCGUUCUUGAUGAAGAAUUUUACAAGAAGGUGCUGAAGACUGAAGUCAUGUCCAACAUCCUGCACUUUGCGGAGCAGAAGGCCGACCAGAUCUUGAAAAAGGGUGACACUGGCCGUCGCUCGCGUAUGAAUAACCCUAAGCUGGUUGAUGCCAACAAAGCUGGUACUAGGGAUGGCCACCGUUGCACUCUCAUUCUGACUGAGGGUGAAUCAGCCAAGGGAUUGGCCAUGGCCGGCAGAGCAGUUGUCGGUCCGGACUUGUUUGGUGUUUUCCCCCUGCGCGGAAAGCUCCUGAACGUCCGUGAUGCCUCCUUCGACCAGAUCUCAAAGAACGUCGAGAUCCAAAGUAUCAAGAACUUCAUUGGACUGCAACACAAGAAGGAAUACACAGAUACAAAGGGACUUCGGUACGGUCAUCUAAUGAUCAUGACUGAUCAGGAUCACGAUGGCAGUCACAUCAAGGGUCUUCUCAUCAACUUCCUCCAAGCUCAGUUCCCCAGUUUGUUGAAGAUUCCGGAGUUCUUGAUUGAAUUCAUCACUCCUAUUAUGAAAGUAUGGAAGGGAGAUCCCAAGAACCCGACCAAGCAAAAGUCGUUCUUCACCAUGCCCGAGCACGAUGCUUGGCAUGAACUCCACAAACACGAACGUGGAUGGGAAAACAAGUACUAUAAGGGAUUGGGAACCAGCACUACAGAGGACGCUCAAGUCUAUUUCCGUGAUCUUGAUCGUCAUUUGAAGGAGUUCCACACAAUGGCAGAUGGAGAGUCACAGCUUAUCGAGCUGGCCUUCUCCAAAAAGAAGGCAGAUGAGCGAAAAGAAUGGCUUCGUCAAUAUAAGCCCGGAACCUACUUGGACCACUCCGUUGACAAAAUUUCGUACACGGAUUUCAUCAACAAAGAGUUGAUUCUGUUCAGCAUGGCGGAUAAUCAACGUUCCAUUCCCUCUGUCGUCGACGGCUUCAAGCCCGGUCAGCGAAAGGUGCUCCACACCUGCUUCCGCCGCAAUCUCCAGAAGGACAUGAAGGUCGUCGAACUGGCUGGUUACGUAUCUGGAGGCACCGCCUACCAUCAUGGUGAUGCAUCCCUCCAGCAGACCAUUGUCGGUCUUGCUCAGACUUUUGUCGGCUCCAACAAUGUCAACUGCCUGGAACCCAGUGGAAACUUUGGUAGUAGACUCCACGGUGGUAGCGACGCUGCUAGCGCUCGUUACAUUUACACUCGUUUGUCUCCAUUCGCACGAAAGAUUUUCCACGCUGCGGAUGAACCUUUGCUUGUCUAUGGCCAAGACGAUGGGAAACAGAUUGAACCCGAGGUCUUCAUGCCCGUGGUGCCCAUGAUUCUGGUCAACGGUGCAGAUGGUAUCGGUACUGGAUGGAGUUCCUCCAUCCCCAACUACAAUCCCGAGGACAUUGUGGCCAACCUUAGGCGUCUCAUGCAAGGCGAGGCUACAGAGCCUAUGCAACCUUGGUUCCGUGGAUUCACUGGGGAGGUUGUCGCAAUGGGUGGCGAUCGAUUCAAAUUCAGUGGUAUCAUCAGGGAGUGUGGAGACAAGGAAGUUGAGAUCACAGAGCUGCCAAUUCGUACAUGGACCCAGGAUUUCAAGGACAAAUUGGAGGAUAUCAUCAAGGCUGAAAAGGUUCCUUCUUUCAUCAAGGACUACAAGGAUUAUAACGAUCACACCAAGGUCCACUUCAUCAUUCAACUUGACGAAAAGCACAUGAAGGGUGCCUUGAGUGAAGGCUUGGAAGAGAAAUUCAAGUUGACCAAGUCCAUUGCCACAACUAACUUGGUUGCUUUCGACCCGGAGGGUCGCAUCACCAAGUACGCGACCGUUGACGAUAUUCUCAAGGAGUUCUUCGUCAUUCGCCUGAAGUACUAUGAGCGCCGCAAACAGCACCAACUUGCCGCUAUGCAGAAGGACCUGGAGAAGUUCAGCAACCAGGCUCGCUUUGUGAAAAUGAUCAUUGAUGGAACCCUUGUCAUCUCUAAGAAGAAGAAGCCUGUUCUGGUCGUCGAAUUGAAGGAGAAGGGUUUCAAGCCUAUCUCCAAGACGGCCGAAGCUGCCAAAAUGGGUGAAGAUGAACCUGUGGUCGAAGAAGGCGAAGAGUCGGAGGAUAAUGACACCCAAGCCCUAUCGGGCGCCUUUGACUACCUUCUGGGUAUGCCUAUGUGGUCCUUGACCCAGGAGCGGGUGGAGAAGCUCCUCCGCCAGAUUGGCGACAGGGAGAUGGAGAUUGAUACCUUGAUCAAGCUGUCUAAGGAGGACAUCUGGAACCGUGAUCUGGAUGAGUUCAUCAAAGAGUGGCGCUCACAGCUUGAGGACGAGGAUCGUCGUGCUCGCAAGGCCGCUGGCUUGACUAGCCGUCGCCGUGAAUCGACGAAGUUGCCCACCGCCGGUCGCGCGGCUGCCUCACGCAAACGCAAGGCUGCCAAUGGUGACGACCCCGAAGAUGAAGACUUCGGUGCACCGAAAACGAAGAAGGCUGCUGCGGCCAAGAAGAAAGAGCCCAAGGCCAACAGUCUGACGGCAUUCCUCAGCAAGCCAUCAGCCAAUCCAAGCCCAUCUCCUGCGGCAGGUGGAAGCGGGAACUCAGAUGAUGAUUUCGAUAUGGACAUGGAAGUUCUCCCCAAGAAAAGUCGUGCCGCGGCGAAACCCAAGACUCAACCUAAAGAAGAAGACGAUUCCUUUAACAUUGACGAGGUGCCCCAAGCCUCGAGAUCAUCGGCUCAACCAAGCUUUGAUCCAUUCAACAUGGAUUCCGACAUGGAUAUUGACGAGCCCCCAAAACCCAAGCCUGCCGCAAAGGAAGCUGCCAAGCCUGCCGCUAAAAGGGCACCCAAGGCCAAGCCUAAGCCAAAGGUCGACGAAGAAUCAGAUGACGAUUUCUUGGAUAUUGCCAAGGAGACAGCCAAACCUGCAGCAUCCUCUCGCGCCCGAAAGCCAGCAACCUAUGCAGUGCCUAGUGAUUCAGAGAGUGACAAUGGUGAUGAUCUGCUUGGAGAUGUAAGCCAGAUGGUCAAGGGCAUUGGUGGCGACUCGACUGCUGAGUCUCGCCAGCUCUUUUCAGAGCGGCCCCGCUCCGAGAGUGCAGCGAGUUUGAAGGCUGCCAUCAGAUCUCCGUCCAAGGUGAACGACGAAUUUGACCCGGACGAGACCGAUUACAGCAAGCUGAUCCCUCAAAAUUCCCCGCGCCGCUCUAUUCAAGUCAAGCCUAAGGAUCCAAAGGUCGACAAUGAAGCAGAUGAGGACGAUGAUGAGGACGAUGAACCAAUCAAGCCAACUGCCAGAGGCAAGGCCGCUGCGAAGCCCAAGGCCGCUCCUAAAGCUGCCCCCAAGUCCAAGGCUGCUCCGAAGGCUGCUCCGAAGGUUACUUCAGAAAUUGUCGACCUUGAUGAUGAGGACGAGGACGAAGAGGUCGUCAAGCCGACUUCCAGGGCCAAGGCCGCCCCGAAGGCCGCUGCCGCCGCCCCAAAGGUCCGUGGUCGACCCAAGAAGGAACCGGCCGCUAAGCCCGCCCCCAAGGCUGCUCCUAAGGCUGCCGCUUUGUCGCCAGCGGCCAAGGGCUAUGCCUCCAAGCAAGCCAAGAAGAAAAGUGCCGAUGACUACUCAGAAGAUGACAUUGACGCCAUGGCCAACGACAUACUGGAUUCGCCAGCAGGGAAAGUGAAUGUCUCCGAUGACGAGCCCGUUGUCGCACCUCGUCGUGGCGCUGCAGCCCGCCCCGCUCGUCGUGGUGCCGCAGCAAAGAAGUCAUAUGUCAUUGAGGAUGACAGCGAGGAUGACCCACUCGCUGAUGAUUUCGAUGACGAUGAAGACGAAAGUGAUUAA